CUCACAAACUACUGGCCACCUAAACCACUUCCCCUGAGACUCACUGACGCGCCAAUUUUAUCAUCAUCUAUCAUUUCUCCUCUCGUUUUUUCCUUUUGAUCUCUCUCAUCGAUCGACUCUCUUUAACACAGUUUUGACACCAUCCCACCAGAUCCACACCAAAAAUGGCUCCCAAGACGCCCAAGUCUGCGAGCAAGAGCAGCAGUGCUCCCGAAGUCACUCCUCCACCUCCAGGAGAGACCACCACAGUCAUCACGGCCACCACGACGCUAGACCUCCCAGCUCAUCCGAAAACGUUGACGUAUGAAGAGCUCAAUCCAAAGAGUAAACCUACAGAAUUCUUUGGACCUCUCGGAACAUUUGCAGUCUCUUCUCUCUGCCCUACCGUCGCUUACUUCCUCUACUAUGGGUGCAAUGAGACCACUGGAUGUCCCGCUAUGACGGCGAAUGGAUGGAGAACAAUCUACGAUCGCGUAGCGAAUAACGACUGGCCUUCUCAAGCUGGAAAAUGGUGGGACUGGCAAGCUGCAGGAGCAUUCAUGGCUUGGUACGUAUACUGUAUCGUCUGUUGGAUAGUGCUUCCUGUGCAGCCCGUCGAGGGGACUCUCCUCCGCGAUGGCAAGAGAAAAAAGUAUUGGAUGAACGGUCACUACACUGUUCUCCUCACUCUCGGUCUCGUCGCUGGUUUCCUCAUGAGACCGGGUGGAAUUGAAGCGUUCACGUGGAUUUACGACAAAUGGGUCCCACUUGUCUCUGCAUCCCUCGCCAUGGCCUUUGUGCAGGCUUGCUGGGUCUACGUGUGGAGUUUCUUCUCGGGCGAGCUCUUGGCUCAAGGUGGAAACUCUGGUAAUGUGGUGUAUGACUGGUUCAUUGGUCGUCCCUUGAAUCCCACGUUCCCCGGAUUCCCCAACUUCGACAUCAAGACCUUUAACGAAGUUCGACCUGGCAUCAUUGGCUGGCUCUUGCUCAACAUCUCAUGUGCAUGCGAGCAAUACGUCCGUCUGGGUAGAUUGACCAACAGUAUGGUCCUUGCCCUUUUGUUCGAGGUUUACUACGUGAUCGACACAUACCUGGACGAGUCUGCCAUUCUGAACCAGAUCGACAUAACGACCGACGGAUUCGGAUUCAUGCUCGCCUUUGGAGAUCUUGUCUGGCUUCCAUUCACCUACGGCGUAUCCAUUCGAUACCUUGCCUUUGCUCCCAAGGAUCUCAGUCCUUUGGCUGUCGUCGCUAUCCUCGCGGUCGAAGGAGCUGGUCUGUAUAUCUUCAGAACGUCCAACUCGGAGAAGCAUGACAUCAGACACGGCAGAAACCCAAAGAACCUCACAUUCAUGCAGACCAAGCGAGGCACCAAACUGUUGACCUCUGGCUGGUGGGGACGAUCUCGUCAUCCCAACUACUUUGGAGAUUGGCUGAUUGCCCUUGGUUGGUGUCUCCCCACUGGCUUUGACACCCCUAUUACCUACUUCUACGUCGUCUUCCUGGUUUUCCUGCUGACCUGCCGACAAAUGAGAGAUGACGAGUUCUGCCGAAAGAAGUAUGGCGAUGAUUGGGACAAGUACAUCAAGCUCGUCCCGUACAAAAUCAUUCCCUACGUCUACUAGAAGCCACGAUAGAGAUGAGGCGUGAAAUCGGCGCGUUUUUCUAAGUGUCUGCAGAUUACAAACCAUGUUGCGCCUGAAGGAGGAGGUCCGGAAUGUUUCACUGACGGUUUGUACUGUCAAUGACGCCUUGUCGCGUGCAGACACGAAUCAAACGAUAUGCUUUGCAAAGGGAAAGAUCACAGCAAUGCAAUGACCAU